UGCCGACAACUUCCCGGAGCCGACGACGUCCUGGUGGUCAUGAAGACCGGCGCCAGCGAAGUCGAAAGCAAACUCGCGGUCCAUCUACGGACCACUCUCACGUGUUAUCCAAACCACGUAAUCUUCGCGGACGUAGAGGAGGAUCUUCCCAGUGGUGAGCACCUGUACGACGCAUUCCAGUAUACGACACCAUCAUUGCGGGAAACACAUUCAGAGUUUGCGCUGUGGCGCAAACUGCAUGCGGAAGGACGGGCUGGUCUAUUGCCUUCCGAGCUGAGCGGUCCGGAGAGUCGACAACGGCUCGAAGACGUUCGCAAGAAGAUUCCUGGAUGGCAGCUCGACAAAUGGAAGUUCCUCCCCAUGGCGAAUCAGACCAUCCACAUGUAUCCGGACAAGCGCUGGUACGUCUUCGUGGAAGCAGACACCUAUCUCCUCUGGUCGAGUCUGCUGGUGGACCUCGCUGCACGACCGUGGACAGACGAUUUGUACGUCGGUUCAGAGGUCAUCAUUGAAGAUCUGGCUUUCGCGCAUGGAGGCAGCGGCUUCUUACUUUCCAGGUCAGCUCUCGAGAAGUUUGCCAAAACUUUCAAUAGCGAUCAAAGUCAUUGGGAGUCUGUCAAUGAGAAGUUAUGGGUCGGCGACCACAUUUUUGCUGUCGCUUUGCAGGAAGCUGGUGUUCAUUUGCAGAAUGGAUUCCCUACGUGGCAGGGCGAUCCACUCAGCUUUCUGGACCUGCGGCCGGACGGAGGACUCUGGUGCUCUACUGCGGUCACAUCUCACCAUCAAACUCCUGCGGAGAUCGAAGACAUCUGGAACCUCGAACAGACGAUCAUUUCGGGACGAGCGAAAGGCAGAACGAAGAGGGAGUCUCAGGUGCUUCGACAUCGAGACAUUUUCGAGCAAUACGUUCUGCCCCGAAUUCAGGAGUCUCGCACUGCUUGGAAUAAUCAGCCUACAGUGGCCGGACGCGAGGACAGAUCAGAGACUGUCGAAGUCUCGUCUCUGCUCGAAUGCGAGGGCAUGUGCGAGCGGGACAAGACUUGCCUGCAGUUUGCCGUGCACGACAAUAAGGAGUGCAAGACAACCUCGAAGGUUGUGCUGGGAGAAGAGGCCGAAGGGUUCGAAUCGGGAUGGAUGCUUGGACGCAUC